AAUGUUAACAUUAGUUCCCCAUGCCAAUAAAUCCCAGUUAAAUUGACUUGAAUUGCUGGAGCUUGCUGGUUGCCUGGCAUCCUCGCGUUUCAACUACUGUUGUGUCAAACUAUUGUUGUUUAGCCUAUUUUUAGUAACUCUCAGAGAGAAAGCAAACGGUGGCCUAACAACACAUUUUUGCCAUGGGCUCCCUUCCAGGGUAAUCUGGCCCUGCUACGUUGGACGUUAUUUCUUAUGAAAAGCAAUAUACGAACCAUUCUAAAAUAUGCAUUGAAUAUCCAUUUUAGUGGCUUACACGUACAGGCCCUGUCGUGUCGAUUUCAUACAAGACCAUUUCGAAUACCCUACUGUCAAACUACCAGCACAUUUUUCGACAAACAGAAAAUAUCUAAAUAUGUGAAAAGUCAUUGUGGGACAUGUAGUCUACAGUAGUGGCAGAUUGAUCCUGAUCAAUAUAAUCGAAGACAUGGGCGACUCAACCACCUGCAGCUCUGCAUACGCAGCUAGGACACAUACAUUAGGCUAUGUCAUUGUUUAUAGACCUGCAGCUUGCGUGGUGUUUCCCCAGACUCUGUCGUCACCAGCCAGUCACGACUACCGCGCGUAACGUGUAGAUGCCAUGAUCAUGUUCCUCCUCCUCCUGCUCCUCCUCCUGCUCACCUAUCAGAUACAUUAGGGUUUUCCCUUUACAUGCAACGACCAUGCAAUAAAAACAGAGUCCGGUCAUCACCACCUGGAGUAGCUGUGCACACCACCAUGCAAGCGGGGGGCACCGGAGCAGCUGAUACCGACGCUACUGUAAACAGUAGCAGCAGUAGCAGCAGCACCGCAGACGUCGACGAGAGCGACGGGGCAGUGGAGAGGAUGGAGAGGACGGUGCCAAGCGAGCAGCAGGACAGGACCAGCAACCACCAGCAGAAGCAAACGCCGUCCGGAGUGCUCGAUAAAUUGUUUGGGAAGCGCCUUCUGCAGGCCAGACAUUACAUUAUGUCUCGGAAGUCCUGGCUGAAGAUGGUGCCCACCGAAAACUGUGAUAUCCUGAUGACAUUCCCAGAUACAAUAGAUGACCACACUCUGCUGUGGCUCCUGAAUCAAAUUCGUGUUGGAAUCCCACAAGUCAGCAUUCAGGUUCGACAGCAUAAACACACCCAGACACACGCCUUCUUCAUCACGACAACAUUUGAGAACUUACUGCGGGGAGCAGAGCAGAUGGGCAUGCACAAGGCCGUCAAACCGCAGUUUGGCGGCGGGAUGCGGCGCUUUUCCUGUGAGGAAGACAACAUCUAUGAGAACAUAGAGAGCGAGCUCUGCUUUUUUACCUCACAGGAGCGUCAGAGCAUUAUAAAGUAUUGGCUGGACAAUCUGCGAGCCAAACAGGGGGAGGUGCUUCACAACAUUCACUUCCUGGAGGGACAGCCAAUCAUUCCAGAGCUGGUAGCUCGGGGUGUGAUCCUUCAAAUGUUUCCUCUCCAUGAGCAGAGGAUCCUCAACCAGCUGAUGACAUCUUGGGUCCAGGCUGUGUGUGAAAGGCAGCCCCUGGAUGAUAUCUGUGACUACUUUGGAGUGAAGAUCGGCAUGUAUUUUGCCUGGCUGGGUUUCUACACUAACUCCAUGCUUUACCCUGCUGUCAUCGGCUUUUUGCUCUGGAUACUCGCAGAGGCUGACCAGACCAGUCAGGAUAUCUGCUGUGUAGUUUUUGCCCUCUUCAAUGUUGUGUGGGCGACGUUGUUUCUGGAGCGCUGGAAAAGGCGAGAGGCGGAGCUUGCCUACAGGUGGGGCACCCUGGACACCCCCGCCGAGUCCUUGGAGGAGCCCAGGCCACAGUUCAGGGGAGUGAAGCGCUGCAGUCCCAUAACGGGCUGUGAGGAGUUCUACUACCCGACCUGGAAGAGAGCUGUGUUUAGAUGGCUGGUCAGCCUGCCCAUCUGCCUCCUCUGUCUCUGUUUUGUCUUCCUCGCUAUGCUCCUCUGCCUGGAACUGCAGGAAGUGGUGAUGGAGAUUCAGGAGCUACCUGGUAUCACAAGAUUCAUUCCUAAGAUACUUCUGGCCCUUACUGUUACUGUAUGUGAUGAAGUGUAUAAGAAGAUUGCCUACUGGCUUAAUGACAUGGAGAACUACAGACUUCAGAGUGCUUAUGAGAAUAAUCUCAUCAUCAAGAUGGUUUUUUUUGAAUUCAUCAAUUCUUACCUUAGCCUUUUCUACAUCGGAUUCUACCUCAAGGACAUGGAGCGACUUAAGGAGAUGCUAGCCACUCUGCUGAUCUUCCGCCAGUUCCUACAGAACAUCAAAGAGGUCCUCCAGCCUUAUCUCUAUGAGCAAAACAAGCUGGGUGUCUUCACCCCCAAGGUGCUGUGGGAGCUACUCCAAGCCAUCAUGCUCAAGUAUGGCCGCCUGGCUCUGGGAAAGGCCCAAGCCUCAAUGACAGCCUAUUCCUUCCUUGGUCCCAGAGGGAUCCCUGUCAGUCACACUGCUAAUGGUAACCCAGAGACAAGGAGAAGAGGGGAUCUGAAAGCCGGAUUCAGGCUGACAGAGGAAGAGUGGGACAUGAAUGACAGCAAUCUGAAGCAACGUAAGGUCAGCUUCACCGAGAAGGUCGACUACAAGGAUGUCACGACAGAAACACAGACGGUGUAUGACAGCUUCCGUGAGGACAGUCCAACCAUGGUAGAGGAAGGGAUGGAUCCGUCCAGUAUUUUUGACAGUUGUGAUGAGGACAGUGAUUGUGAAUCGUUGGCUCAACAGGAGACCAAGGAGAAUGCCACUGUGUCCUCUCCAAAGGAAUCUGACUCUCUCUGUCAGAGAAGAAAGAACGUAGGGGAGGGAAAAGAGAAUAAGAAGUCAUGGAUUGAUCCACCAGAAGAACCCAAAACUGUCACUCUGGCCCAGGCUGAGAUUGAGAGCUGUAUGCAGACGUACGAGGACACGCUUCAGGACUACCAGGAAAUGUUCAUUCAGUUUGGCUACGUGGUGCUCUUCUCCUCUGCGUUUCCCCUUGCGGCCAUGUGCGCUCUUAUCAACAACAUCAUCGAGAUCCGCAGCGACGCCCUGAAGCUCUGCACCGGCCUGCAGAGACCCUUUGGACAGAGGGUGGAGAACAUAGGACAAUGGCAGACUGCAAUGGAGGCCAUGGGCUUGAUAGCCAUUAUAGUUAACUGUUACCUGAUUGGUCAGUGUGGGCAGCUCCAGCGUCUGUUCCCCUGGUUGAGUCCUGAGAUGACCAUCAUCUCCAUCGUCUUACUGGAGCACUUUGCAAUCCUCCUAAAGUACAUCAUCCAUGUUGCCAUCCCUGAUAUCCCUGGCUGGGUAGCAGAAGAGAUGGCCAAACUAGAGUACCGACGAAGGGAAGCUUUCAAGCAUGAGCAGCAGGCCCAGCAGCACUUCCAACAGCAGCUCAGACGCCGACGUGAAGAGGGGGAGCUUCAGCGUCAGGCUGAGCUGCAGGCCGAGGCCCGCCAGGAGAGCGACUACCACAAGGCAGACACCCAGCACCAGCACCACCAUGACAAAGCACCGGGCGGCAAGCCUGGGGACAAGCCUAAGAGACCCAGCUCUCUUCUGGGAAACAACAAUGUGAUGAAGCUAAAGCAGAUCAUCCCUCUCCAGGGGAAGUUUUCCUCCGGCACCUCACGCUCACCAGCCCAGUCCCCAACGGGAGGUGAGGCAAAGCUCCCGGGAUUUCUGAAGUUCUUGAAGUCACCUGAGGUGAAGAAAGAGCCAGCAGUGGCAGCUGGAGCAACUCCAGGGUCAACGGUGACUUCCUCAGUUCCCUCCAGUGGCCAGGAGAGGUCACAGUCCCCCAACAGGACAUUCAGUCCUGGGAAGCUGUUCAGUUUCAGCAAAUCGGAGGGGACUGUGGUGUGUGUGAAUGGGACACAACCAGCGACCCAGCCUGCUAACGCUCAGCCCAACAGGGCUGACUUAAACACCUCCCUGGAGGAAUUACCCUCUAAUGAGUCAGAUAAAGCAGAAUCAAGACAGUUGACUGAUUCAGAAAACUCUGGUUCAAAGAGUUAAUAAAUGUUCAACCAUACCAAUGUAAUAUUAUGAAUGGAGAGCAAUGUAGAAAUGUUCAGGCAACAUUCAGAGACAGCGACACACUUGUACUGUAGGAGAACACAUUAGUCACAAGGACCACAUGUAAGGUCAGCGAGUGUUAGACUUUCAGUCUUGAGGCAACUUACUUCGCACAAAGUAUUAUUCUGUAUCUAUUAACACUUGAUCUAGCUUCCAUGUAAAAUAUGUACAGUAAGUGUAACUCCCUGAAUGAGGCUUGAGUAACCUUUACUUAAGGUUAAAAUACUGCAUGACUGCCUGGUUUUCAACAGCACCAGAACAGAUUACGUUGAUGUGAGGGAUCUAUUUUCAAAAACCAAGACCUGAUCAUCAAUGUGCCCUUUUGUCAAAGGACAUAAACAGCAGCUUCUCAUUCCAGGUUUGUUUCUCAUUUUCUCAUUCUGAUGCCUGUAUUGAAUGCAUGUUGCAUCAUGUGCAUGCAUUACAUGUCCAUCAUUGUCUUUUCAGUUGUGAAGCACUUUCAAAGCCAUUGUAUUCUUCUGCAAUAGGUCAGAUUAUAUUCACUGUGACCAUAAAAAAAAUCUAUUUUUCUUAACUUUGAUUUUCUAUGAAUUAUUUUACUACAUAAAUUAGUGAAUGUACUUCUAUAAUGCAAAUAAAUCUCACUUGAAUAAACAUCCAUCAAGAGAAAGCAUUGGCUGAUUUUGUUAACAGUAAAUAAAUGUAACUGGAUGGUAGACCA